AUGGUGGGGACAGUGGUACUGGACAAUAUGGAGCUGCGGGAGAUGCAGAGAGAUUACCUGGACUUCUUGGACGACGAGGAAGACCAGGGAAUUUAUCAGAGCAAAGUUCGGGAGCUAAUCAGUGACAACCAAUACCGGCUGAUUGUUAACGUGAAUGACUUGCGCAGGAAAAAUGAGAAGAGGGCUAAUCGCCUCCUGAACAAUGCCUUUGAGGAGCUAGUUGCUUUCCAAAGGGCCUUAAAGGAUUUUGUGGCCUCCAUUGAUGCCACCUAUGCCAAGCAGUAGGAGUUCUACAUAGGACUGGAGGGCAGCUUUGGCUCCAAGCACAUCUCUCCCCGGACUCUGACCUCCUGCUUCCUCAGCUGUGUAGUCUGUGUGGAGGGCAUUGUCACUAAGUGCUCUCUAGUUCGUCCCAAAGUUGUCCGCAGUGUCCACUACUGUCCUGCUACUAAGACCAUAGAGCGACGUUAUUCUGAUCUCACCACCCUGGUGGCCUUUCCCUCCACCUCCGUCUAUCCCACUGAGGAUGAGGAAAACAAUCCCCUUGAGACAGAAUAUGGCCUUUCUGUCUACAAGGACCACCAGACCAUCACCAUCCAGGAAAUGCCAGAGAAGGCCCCAGACCAGCUUCCACGUUCAGUGGAUGUCAUUCUGGAUGAUGACUUGGUAGAUAAAGUGAAGCCUGGUGACCGAGUCCAGGUGCUGGGGACCUACCGUUGCCUUCCUGGAAAGAAGGGAGGCUACACCUCUGGGACCUUCAGGACGAUUCUGAUCGCCUGUAAUGUGAAACAGAUGAGCAAGGACAUUCAGCCUUCAUUCUCUGCUGAGGAUAUAGCCAAGAUCAAGAAGUUCAGUAAAACCCAUUCCAAGGAUAUCUUUGACCACUUGGCCAGGUCGUUGGCCCCCCGUAUCUAUGGGCAUGACUAUGUCAAAAAGGCAAUCCUCUGCUUGCUCUUGGGAGGGGUGGAAUGAGACCUAGAAAAUGGCAGCCACAUCCGUGGGGACAUCAAUAUUCUUCUAAUAGGAGACCCUUCAGUUCCCAAAUCUCAGCUUCUGUGGUAUGUGCUCUGCACCACCCCCCCUAUCCCUACCACUGGCUGGGGCUCCUCUGGAGUGGGUCUGACGGCUGCUGUCACCACAGACCAGGAAACAGGGGAACGCCGUCUGGAAGCGGGGGCCAUGGUCCUAGCUGAUCGAGGCAUGGUUUGCAUCAAUGAGUUUGACAAGAUGUCUGACAUGGAUCGUACCGCCAUCCAUGAAGUGAUAGAGCAGGGUCGAGUGACCACCACCAAGGCUGGCAUCUAUGCGCAACUGAAUGCCCGCUGUAGUGUGCUGGCAGCAGCCAACCCCAUCUAUGGCAGGUAUGAUUAGUACAAGACCCCUAUGGAGAACAUUGGGCUGCAGGACUCUCUGCUAUCCCGAUUUGACUUACUCUUCAUCAUGCUGGAUCAGAUGGACCCUAAGCAGGAUCGGGAGGUCUCGAACCAUGUCCUUAGGAUGCACCGUUACAGGGCACCGGGGGAGCAGGAUGGCGAUGCUAUGCCUUUGGGUAGUGCCAUGGAUAUCCUGACAACAGAUGAUCCCAACAUUAACUAGGAAGACCAGCAGGACACCCAGAUUUAUGAGAAGCAUGACAAUCUUCUGCAUGGGAACAGAAAGAAAAAGGAGAUGGUGAAUGCAGCUUUCAUGAAGAAGUACAUCCACAUGGCCAAAAUCAUCAAGCCCAUCCUAACACAGGAGUCGGCUGCCUACAUUGCAGAGGAGUACUCCCGCCUGCGCAGCCAGGACAGCAUGUGCUCUGACACAGCCAGGACAUCUCCAGUUACAGCCCGGACACUGGAAACCCUGAUUCGAUUGGCCAUAACCCACGCCAAGGCUCGCAUGAGCAAGACUGUGGACCUGCAGGAUGCAGAGGACGCUGUGGAGUUGGUCCAGUACGCUUACUUCAAAAAGGUUCUGGAGAAGGAGAAGAAACGUAAGAAGCAAAAUGAGGAUGAAUCAGAGACAGAAGAUGAAGAAGACAAAAGCCAAGAAGACCCAGAACAGAAGAGGAAGAGAAGGAAGACUCGUCAUCACUCAGAUGCCAGGAAUGGGGACUCAUAUGACCCCUAUGACUUCAGUGACACAGAGAAGGAAAUGCUUCAAGUGCAAACUCCAAAGUCAGCGGACUCACAGGAGACCAAGGAAUUCCAGCAGGUGGAGUUGAGUGAAUCCAGGUUGAAGGUAUUCAAGGUGGCCCUCUUGGAAGUGUUCUGGGAAGCUCAUGCCCAGUUGGUGGGCAUGAAUCGUCUCACAGAAUCCAUCAACCGGGACAAAGAAGAGCCAUUCUCUUCAGAGGAGAUCCAGGCAGCACUGAGCAAGAUGCAGGAUGACAACCAGGUCAUGGUGUCUGAGGGCAUCAUCUUCCUCAUCUGA